GGGGUCUCCGGAUCUGCGUGUGUCACAUGGGCGCUCAGCAGCACAGAGAAGGGACGCGCGCGCAGAUGGAGGGGGGCUUGACGGACCAGAACCAGCAGCCGGACCGAACCUAGGCGAUCCAGCAGGACGGACCCCUCCCCGGCCCGGCCCGACCCCCUCCCCCCACCCUCGCUGCUGCCCCGGGGAGGAGAGGAGGAAGACGCGGCGGAGAGGAAGAGGAUGAUGCAGAUGUUCGUGAUGAAGAAAAGACGCUGACUGAUGUUCGUGGAAACCAAGUCGGGCCCAGCGCGCGCACCUCAGACGUGACCUCUGGUGUGAUGCUCCUCAGGUCUUCAUGAGAGCACACCAGAGUGACAGCAAGUGAGCGCCGGCGCCACCACAUGGCCUCCAUGCAGGACGGGCUAAUCUUCACGGCUCCUCCCUACGGCAAAGUCCUGCUGCUGGGCGCCAUCGCUGCGGCCUCCGCCUUUGUGGUCACCAUCCUCAUUGUGGUCCUGUGUGUGGGAUGCCAGAGGAAGGGAAAAAGUCACAAUGUUCCGGGUGAAAGUGGAAAACGCAGACUCAUCAACAUGGGCAUCCUCCGCCAGUCAAAGCUUCGCUCCAUCAGUAAAAAUGACGCAGACGUGAAAAUCAACUGCAACGGCAAAAGCCGCCAGCUCCCUCAGGUUCCCUCAGGGUCGGAGGAUGGGGACCACACCUACUCAGAAGUGGGCCGCCCCUCGACCAAACGGACCGACGAAGCCCUAUACGCCAUGGUCGGCCGGGCGGGACAGACGGACACUCCGGCCCCGCCGGCCGUCCCCGCCAACACGCCAGCGCCCCCGGACCCUGACGGGGAUGCGGACGACGGGAUGCCGGACCCUGAGGUCCUCACUCCACCUCAUCCUCCGGAGACCGCAGAGUACGCCUGCGUGCGCAAGCUACGCAAGUCAGACAAGGCACCGCAGAAGAGGGACAGCGGGACGGACACGGCGGACGCUCCGCCCACCAGGCACGCGCCGCCUUCACACCCCGCACCGCCUCCACCUCACCCCCACAGCACGAAGCUGCCUCGAAGAAACAAGGACGCCUUCAACGUGCCGGCGUUCCCAAAGGAAGUGAUGUUCAUGGGAAACGGUGAGCAGUACAUCUGGAAGCCUCCAGAAGAUGAAGACAUGCUCGCGCUGCAGAACAAAGCUCUGGUCCCAUUGGGCAGCCACAUGGUGGAGAACAUCCAGCCUUCAGCCGCCGCGGUGGCCGAGAUGUACUCCAAGGUUUGUAAGCCCGGGAAGAAGAAGCGCGCCGUCCCGGGCUCGCCUCCCUCCAACCCCGGCUUCAGGACCCUGGGCCGUGGCGAUCGGAGCCGAGACCACGACGGGGGCUUCAGCGUGGUGGUCAAGCCUCAGACGUGGGCGCCCCUGGAGGGCAAGGCGGUGGGCGGCACCCUGGACGACCACUGCUACGAGUCUUUCGGGGCCGAGGACAGCGACCCGGCCUACGAGAACGUGGACAUGGGCUGGAGGCGGGAGCGCCCCCCCAACACCUGCGCCACGCUGCGGCCCAGGAGGAAAAAAUCCCAGCAGCCCCUGCAGCAGCAGCAACCGCCGCCGCCACCGCCCACGCAGCAGAACCCCAAACUGCAGCAUCUUCCCGCCAAAGCGCUGCUGCUGCCAGGCGAAAACCUGUACGAGAGCAUCGGGGACCUGAAGCAGGGCUCCACCACCUCCAGCACCACCACCAUCUUCACCUUCAACGACGGCAUGGAGAUGUACGUGACGGGGCUCUGAGGCCGCGCCCCACCCCCGCAGCCCCAUUAUUACUGUUUACAUCACGUCAUGACAUCUCGCCGUCGCAGGCCUUAAGUCGGGAACGCCGACCCGUCGUGACAGAGCGGAACACAAAAAUCAAUCCGAGGAAUCCAAAGCUAGCGAAGAAUCAACGAGCACAAGAACGUCGCAGAAGCACAACGGGAAUCUUCCUCCAUUCUAGUUUGCGUCGAAGCAAAGAAUCGUGGGAAACGUUUUGGUAGCACUUGAUGAAAGAUUUCAGAGAUAAAUUACGAAUCAACGAACGCUCAGGGACGAGAGGAACAAUCGGAAUAGCUACGAGAAAUUGCACAUUUUUCACAGAGAUGAAAGCGCGAGCGGUCACAGAAGGUUUCCAUCGCUUUUGUUGACCAUCAUUUCAAGAAGGUCUGAAUCCUUUCGAUGGGUUUCCCGGCAGAUUCUCUUUAAAGUCACCUCAUAUCCACGUCAAGAAAAAAAUAAAGAAACGGCAAAGAAAAGUUCAUGGACGGAGUUUAAAGUGGAGCUGAGGGGCGACAGGAUCCUCGCCUCACGCCGACCAAGCUUUGCUCGCUGAUCAGCUACGUGCUGCUAACAGUCCUCACUGGUGGGAGUGUCCUCGGAACUGGGAGCAGGAAAUUAUGAUGUCACGACUGCGACCAGUCCACCUGGAUCACAACGCACACACGUUCUCGGAAUACGAGUCGCACACCCAGAAUUCAGUGCGGGAAGUGAGGCGAAAGGGUCAAACGCCGCAGGCUUGUGAUCAGGAAGUGACAUCAGUCGGCCUUCUGCUCCAUUUUAAAUGCGAGAAAAUGAAAAGUAGCAACAAUUUGCUGGAAUUUGCCUUAAACUUCACUUCACAGUGAGAUUCUCUAUUUAAAGACGAUUGAUGUGUUGACCCCGCCGCGGCCCUGCCCCCCGGCCCCGCCCCUCUGCUGCUUCUGUAAAUUAGCUGUUGUUUUCUUUGUCGUCUGUUUCUGCACUCUGCCUGUUGACGUUGCAUGCUGACAAGUAAAAAAAACACACAAGUAAAUAUGUAUGUUUUUCUUUUGCUUUGGUUUUUCUGUGUUGCUUUGACGCUGCAGCUCGUCUCCCUCCUCCGACGUGAACCAAUGGACUAACGUGAACUGUAGCUGGAGACUCGGCUCCAAACGCCCGCAGACCGCCGCCCCCUCUCCUCACACCUCCCCGAAACAGUCCACCGAGGUGCCGCUACACUGACUUUCAGGUCGGUGAUUUAAAAAAAAAAAAAAAAGGAGAGCGCCCCCUUGAGGCUGACAGGAAGUGACAUCAUGGAUCUGGUUGCUGUGGUGAUGCUGUGUGUUGAUGUGUUUGUACAAAAGACAAAUAAAUAUAUGAUCAGUGUCGA